CAGUCGGGCCUUCUCUAUCCCACCAAUCGAAGCGGCGCUAACGCGACUCGGGGGCGUAAAUAGAUUCUCUUCCCACCUGUGCCUAUUCUCGCCAGUCUUUUCUUCUUCGGGCCGGCUGCAUGGCCGGCCGCGCUCCCAGCUGUGGCGUCCCCUGCGGCAUCAUAGAGAAUGUGGUCCUCCGUCGGCUCAGUCUACCCCUUCCCAAGUGGGGGUUAGAGCGCCUACGUCAUUCUCUGUCGCCUCGGGCUGGGUGAGGCGUGUCGACACCUGAGGAGGACGCCGCUGGGGUCUGGCAAACCCGGAGGGAAGCGAGAAACGUGUCAGGAUCUGGGUGUACAUUCUGAGCCUCAAAGAGAAGUGGAGGCUGCAUCCUGGACCGAGGGCUUUCGUCCCUUGAGCUGGGAAAAGCCUGCGGGAGGGGAGCCAGGUAUCUUUUCGGGCCUGAGGAGGAAAAGCGGAGUUGGUAACAGCCUGGGGUCACAAGCAUAGCUUGGCGGCAGGCCCGCAAGCAGUCCGCCAGCUCCUCAGCUCCGAGCCGAGGCAUCCACACCCACAGGCUGCACACCAAAAUGGCUGGCUAUGCCACUACUCCUAACCCCGUGCAGACCCUUCAGGAGGAAGCGGUGUGUGCCAUCUGCCUGGAUUACUUCAAGGACCCUGUAUCCAUAGGCUGCGGGCACAACUUCUGCCGCGGCUGUGUGACCCAGCUGUGGGGCAAAGAUGACGAGGAAGACAGGGAAGUGGAGGUAGAUGAAUGGGAGGAGGACGAGGACGACGACGUGGAGGGGGCCAUCGGUGGAUGGGACACCUCCAUUCGAGAGGUUUUGUACCAGGGCAAUGCCGAUGAGGAGUUGUUCCAAGACCAAGAUGAUGAUGAACUCUGGGUUGGUGACGGUGGCGUCAGGGACAACAUGGACUAUGUGUGGGACCAGGAGGAAGAGGAGGAGGAAGACCAGGACUAUUACCUGGGAGGCUUGAGACAUGACCUGAGAAUUGAUGUCUACCCAGAAGAGGAGAUACUGGAAGAAUACGACGAGAACGACCAAGAGCUGCAUCCUGACACCCACCUGCAUCCUCCGGCCCCUCCACGUCAGUUCAUCUGCCCCCAGUGCCGAAAGAGCUUUACCCGUCGCAACUUUCGUCCCAACCUGCAGCUAGCCAACAUGGUCCAGAUAAUUCGACAGAUGUGCCCCACUCCUUAUCGAGGAAGCUGGGGGAAUGAUCAGGGUAUCUGCUCCAAACACCAGGAAGCCCUGAAGCUCUUUUGCGAGGUGGACAAAGAGGCCAUCUGUGUGGUGUGCCGAGAAUCCAGGAGCCACAAACAGCACAGCGUGGUGCCGUUGGAGGAGGUGGUGCAGGAGUAUAAGGAGAAAAAAAUGGAGAAACUUAUGAAGCCUUGCAUUCCAAGUGCUGCCGCAACUUUAAGAGGAAAUUGAGGAAUUCCAGACUUUCUUCAUCUACCUCCUGCAGGCUUAACUCUGGAUUGAUGACUGAAUAUAUCAAACUUCAGGUUUUAAAAACUUCAGCUCAUCCUUCUUCACUUAGUUGAGAAGAAUCUACUGAUAAAAAUGUGCUUUACUUAUGUUUAAAAUAGGCUUUAAAAACUGUGAGUGUGCUGGUUUCACAAGCCUAAUACUUGACCACUAAAGACAGUAUUUUUGAAGCUGUACAAAAUGAACUGAGUUGGAAGAAAAUCUUAAUAUUAUAAGGGUGUACAUUACAGUAGUGUUUUAGAUCUGGGUUUUUGGCAAAACUGAAGAAAACUGUGUUGAAGAUGUAUUAUAGCAAUCACCACCAAGCAUCAACUUCCAUUAGCUGGCCCAUAAUCUACUGGAAAUCUUCACCUUGCUGUCAGUGUAACCUUUGUGAAAAAUAGUAGAUUUGGUCCCAGUUUGCCUUGAUUUUUGAAGAUCUUUUGAGAAUCCUGUUGAAGAGUAUUUUCUGUUACAUACUGAGGUUCCUUGGUUGUCAAAGAACUAUAUUCAUCUGAAUUUGUGGACAGAAUGAUUUUGGAACACCAAUGCAAGACACCACCUCUGAUUUUGGAAUACCACUUUAAGAGAAUCUGUACUUUUAAAAUUUCAAAAAUUAAAACUUUCAGCAGAAUUUAAUGCACUGAAGCCUAAAAUACACUGACUGUGAAAUGUCAGAAGGCAAGCACCAACAAUCCCUGCUUGUUUUGAAAUACCUGAAGCAAAACUUACCAAAAACCCAGCUACACAUAGCAAACUCGUACUAAAAAUGUCUAAUUUGCUUGGCCACUUGAAGGACUAGAUUCAUGUUAUUUCAAGAAAAAAGCAUGAAAUGUCCAGAACUAUUUGGGGUGAUUGUUCUGGACAUUUUUCUUAAAACCUACCUGUUGGUAACUUUUGGAAAGAAUGUUUUCACUGAUAUUUGGUCCUCACUGACAGCACUGCAAGAGGAUUAUGUGGAACUCAAAGACUGAUUGCUUUAACUAGAAACUUCCAGAUAAAUACUCUAGAGAAACUGAGAUGUAAAAUGUCUAAACAGAUUAAAAGAAUUUAUUCCAUUUUCUCUUUACAUCUUAAAAGCUUUCUCGGGGGAGGGGGUAUAUCUAGCUCUGGAGAGAAAACAGUACCAGAGUACUGUUAAAGCAGCCUGUGUUUUGUUACAUCUUCUACACCACCCAGGAAAGAAAAGUUAAGGCUUAACAGUGACAAGGUUAUCACAUCAUCUGAAUAAAUCCUGGCUUCCAAAAUUAC